GUUAUUCGGUUAGAGUUGUCUCCUAUUCCACUCGCCGAAAAGUUCGAAUAAAAAAAAAAUCUAAAGCGCAUGUUUGGAAAAAGAUAGAAUUUUUAAGGGAACUGUAACAAAAUCAUGCUAAACGUAACACAUCUAGAGGAGCGUCCGAUUUUCCCUGUUAUCACAGCUGGAAUUUGCAAUGCGACGUAACCUAUCUAGCCUAUUGCAAUGCCAUUUUGCAAGGCAUGAUUGUUGUAGGAAGUGUCUAGUUUUUUUUCUCUCCUCCGAGCCGGGCUAUUCAAACCUGCAAAUCUAAGUAAACAAUCAUUCGAGCACUUAAUGCAAAUAAACGGGUGGCAUAUUUGCAUGGAUUAUGACCGACUCAUUUUCGGUAGAGAUUUUGUCUGCAAAUGUGGGGUCUGCAGAAUAUGGCGUCCUGUCCUUAUAAAAAUAAGACGGGCUGCCAUUUUUGUUUUCCUUUUGUCUGAAAUUUUUAAUAAAACUGUCUGAGAAUGUGGGAGAGGCUACAGAGGGUAGAAAUGGAGCCGAGUUUCUUAGACGUCUGAAUGUUCGCCUAUGUCUAUCGCAAUCCUUUAUUUUUCAAAAAGAAAAUAGAGAAAUUGGAAAUAUCGCCGUGAUACCGAUAGAGCAAAAGCUGAAAAGAAUGGCGGAGCCUCGGUUUAAUAACCCAUAUUUCUGGCCUCCACCUCCUGCCAUGCCUGGGCAGCUGGACAACCUGGUGCUCAUCAACAAGAUCAAAGAGCAGCUAAUGGCAGAGAAGAUCAGACCUCCACACCUGCCGGCCACCACCGGUGCUUCCCAGCAGCCCUUGCUGGUGCAGCCCACAUCGACGGAAGGUGGGCAGCAUGCGAUGACAGUGCCCAAACUUCAGCAGAUGCCCGGCCUUCACACCCACAGUCCCUCACAGCCAGAUGUGGCGCUUCACGCCCGACCAGCCUCCAGCACUGUGGCAGGUCGAAUUCUUGGUGAUGUAAACUUGAAUCUGGAUGACAAAACGGCUCUGAAAGCCAGAGGACUAUGGGAAGACUGGCAUUUGCGUCAGAUUAUUGACCAACCAAGGACAAACCACCUGUCAGGUUUGGCUUUGGCCUCUCGCUCAUCCAAUCAUGCGUCUUCAGAGGCGGUCACCCCGACUACUCCCACUUCAAGCAGCCAGAGCCGACUGGGCGGCACACCAUCCCACAAUGUCAUCUCAGGAUUGGCCAGCAGUGCUGGAAUGGAGCCAAUCAAAAGUGGCGGGAGUCUGGCUGGGUUAUUGGGACCACCCCCUAAAAUGGAACGAGGCCGGAAAAAGAUUAAGGCUGAGAACCCGUCGGGCCCUCUAUUUGUGGUACCUUAUCCAAUCCUAGCAUCAGGAACAGAUCAGCCUGUCACAAUCACUGCCAAAGAAGGGAAGACAUACAGGUGUAAAGUUUGCCCGCUGACGUUCCUCUCUAAGUCAGACAUGCAGAUCCACUCCAAGUCCCAUACAGAGGCGAAGCCUCAUAAAUGUCCCCAUUGCACAAAGUCCUUUGCCAAUGCUUCUUAUCUGGCUCAGCAUCUCCGCAUUCACUUGGGCAUAAAGCCUUACCACUGCUCUUACUGUGAGAAAUCCUUCCGCCAACUCUCCCAUUUACAGCAGCACACCAGAAUCCACACUGGUGAUCGCCCAUACAAGUGUGCACACCCAGGCUGUGAAAAAGCCUUCACCCAACUCUCCAACCUACAAUCCCAUCAGCGACAGCACAACAAAGACAAGCCCUACAAAUGCCCCAACUGCUUCCGUGCCUACUCCGACUCUGCCUCUCUUCAGAUCCACUUGUCCGCACACGCCAUCAAAAACGCCAAGGCCUACUCCUGCAGCAUGUGUGGCAGGGCGUACACCUCAGAGACGUACCUCAUGAAGCACAUGUCCAAGCACACGGUCGUAGAACACCUGCGGUUCCCUGACUUCAGCUCUACCCUCCAAUUCCAUAACACGGAGGGGCCUCUUUUGAAGGUCCACCUGUUAUCACCCAACUCUUCACAUCGCUAAUUUUGUUUCUUUCAGUCUGCCUUCUUUACUUUAACUGCUUGUUUAUUUUGACAUUGUGUUUUGUUUGAUUUGUUUGUCAGUUUGUUUGUUAUUGUCUUUCUGUCCAACCACAGGUUGUCUAAACAUGUUCUAGCACUCUGUCUAAAAAUAGAGGACAAUGUAAAAAAGUACUUUCCUUUCUCCAAACGUAUUGAAAGGGGGCAAUUAGAUGGUCAUCCAAAGAUGGUUCAGCAGCACUUUCAAGCCAAUCACAUUGGCUGUUUUGUUUGUUUUUCUUUAAUGUGUUAAAACACAAGGACAACUGGCAGACUACACUUGACUUGACUCUGGCAGCUACACUCUAACCACAUGUAUUACAUGACAAUUUAGAGAUUUUAGAGAGUUUUAGUUCCAAUUCUAAUAACACACUUAAAUGAAUGUUUCCAUUUCUCCUCUUUAUAUAUCAAAGUUAAUUAAGCUUUAAUCAAUAUCAAGUUGACUUUUACUUAGACCAUUUUUAAAAUACAUAGACAUUUUUGAGCGCUUGAGUGUGAAGGUGCACAUCAUAGACUUAUUUUUAUUUUCAUUUGUUAUUAAAUAUUUAAAUCAUGAAACAUAAUAGUUAUUAAUUAUUAGCUACCAACAUGCAGGUUGACUGCCAACAGAGAAAAAUGCAACCUUCUACACAUUACCAUUUAUGCUACAAGAGAAGCCAAACAUUAUCCAUGUUCACUGACAUGCAGUGUAACUACAGUAGGCUUCUUGAGUGUUGGCCCAAACAUGCUACUCAACCACUUGUGUUCCUGUGAAUUUUAUAGUGUUAUCGUGGAAAUACGGAUAUCAAUUAAGUAUUUUCACCGACUGUGUUAGAAAUCCGACCCACCCACCCCCAAAUAAAUAAAUAAGUAAAAA